AUGAUUCUAAUUGUUAAUUGUUUGAUUCUCUGUUUAAUUAUUGUUAAUAUUAAAUCAUUUCCUUUGAUUAAUUAUGAAAAUCUUGACCAAUUAACUUAUUCAGUUGAACCUAAAUUCUCAUUUAAUUUUCAAUUUAAUAUACCGUUAACUUCAUUGUUUGAUAAGACAAAAAUUGCUACAAUUAACUUGCCAAUGACUAUUACAAUUAGAGAGGAAAGUGAUCAACCAUCAGAGGAAACAAUUAACAAGGAGCCAAAUCAAUCAGGGAUGAACACAAUUAAGUCAAUUGAUCAUCUUAAACCAGAGAGUAUCAGAGUUAACAGUAAAUAUAAAUUUCCAUCUAAUUAUCCAGCUUAUAUACCAAUUUAUUAUGAAGAGCAAGAUGAUUAUCAUGAUGAGGGAAACAAUUUACAAGAUAAUCAACCACAACAAUCAAUAAAAAUCACCAACAAUUCAAAUAAAACCAUCAACAAUCAACGAAAUGAUUACAAUCAUAGAAGAGAUAAAUUUUCAUUCCAACAAAGAAUCAAGAGAAAUCAUGAAAAUAAUCCAGUUGAAGGUGUUAAUUGUUUCUCUAAACUAGUUUGUCAAAUUUCACGAGCCCAAUUAAUAGAUUAUCAUUUAAUUGAGCCGAUCGUCAUUGAUAUAUCAAGAUUUACUCAAUUAACGGUCAACAAUCAAAGUGAUCAUGAUAAUCAACAAGAGAAACAAUUAUUGGGACCAUUGAGAGAGGCUGAACAAUUUGGACGAUUAUCUGGUAAUUGUGAAGAAAAAUAUUCUAAUUGUAACUAAAUUAACUCUCAAAGGGCACAACAAUUAACUGCCAAUGAUUAAACUUCAACAUUUAAAAAGUUAAUCAACAAGCAGAUUCAAUUUUUUCCUUCUAUUAAAAUAUUGAAACAAUCAAAGACAAUCAAUCAUAAUAACAUAAUUGUGACUUUUAAUUGUAAUUUAAAUCGAUGAGAAAUUUUGAAUUUAAUUUAAUUUUAAACUGUAAUUUAAAUCAAAUAGGAAAACAAUUUAUUUCCUUGUGAAUAAUUUUUUCCAGUUGAUUGUUUGAUUAACUAAAUCAUUUGGUAACAAACAAACAAACAAAAUAAACAAAUCCAGUGAAUUGAAUUAAUUUGUAUUAAUCAAAUUGUUAAUCAUUACAAUUAA